AUGAAUUUAGAUUCCAUUCAUCAAUUAAUUGAGGAAACACAAAUCUUCCAGAUGCAGCAGUCAUCAAUCAAGGAGCACUGUGAUAUGUUAGCAUGUGCCUCCUCCCCUGAGGACACCUGUAAUGCCUGCUUGCCACCUUAUGAGCUACAAUCUCAUGCUGCCCACACUUUCAGUGCUCCUUCCUUCACCACCAGCAAAUGGGAUACUUGUGAAGAGCUUCGCCUGCAUGAACUUGAAGAAGUCAAGGCCAGAGCUGCUCAGAUGGAAAAGACCAUGCGGUGGUGGUCAGACUGCACUGCGAAUUGGAGAGAGAAAUGGAGUAAAGUUCGAGCUGAAAGGAACAGUGCCAGAGAGGAAGGAAGACAACUUAGAAUAAAACUAGAGAUGACAAUGAAAGAAUUGAGUGCCCUGAAAAAGAAUCAGAAUCUGUCACUACAAAAGAAGGCCACAGAAGUCAAAGUUGCCCAGGACCUGGAGAUUCCUAGCUUUGUAGACAUGUCCUAUGACCACAGAGAACAAUCUCAAAUGUGUGAAUCUGCCAGAAAAUGUUUGGUGAAAAGACAAAUCUCUGAAGAGAGGAACACAAAUAGUAAGGAAGAAGAUGUGAUUAUUGAUCCACUGAAAUUAAAUGAGAUGAUGAAACCCAAUCCAGAGUUAUUAAAGAAUAGUGGUUCUAGAAACUUUGCAAGGACACCUGAGCUAGAGCUGCAAGCAAUAAAUCCACCUUUGGAGAAUAAAGGAACUGAAAUUUCAGCUUUGCCAGUGCACUUGGAUGAGUGCCAAACAAUCUUAAGGAAGGAAAGAGAGAUGCGUGUAUCUUUGGAAAAGGAAAUAGAACGACUGGAGUCAGCUUUGUGUCUGUGGAAAUGGAAAUAUGAAGCACUGAAAAAUUCCAAGGCAGCAAAUAUGAAAGAG